AAGUUAGACUGAGAAAUCUACUUAUAGGUAAAGCAAGGUGGUGACAGGAGUGGGCAUAUCUCCAGUUAUCAUGACAAAAAAGAGAGAACUUAAGGAGGCGGAGACACUCCAUAAUCACGCUGGAGGCUGCUUUGGUCAUUCGCUGGUUUGGAUGUUCAGCAUCUCCGACCUUCCCUGAAAAGGGACAAAUAUCAGCUGUUUGAGGAGGGAAGUGCACUCUCCUCUUUAGAGGGGGAUUUGCAAUUUUUGGUGUUUAGAUUCCUCUUUAGUUUUUGUUUUUUUUUAAAUAUAUAUAUAAAAGCCAGGAAACGCACCAAAAGCGUCUUUUUAGGCAGAGCGAGGAAAAGCAGACAGAGGAGCCGUGACCUUUCUGAAGUCAUGUUUAACAUGCUGAAAAAUUCUCUCUUCGGCAACACCGAGGACACGGAAUACAAACUGCUGAGCAGCGAGACAAAGAAUGGAGUUAGCUACGAGGUGAGACGCUAUGACGCUGCCAAAUAUGCCUCCAUCUCCUCCGAGGGCCGAACCUACGACCAGGUGACCGGAGAGCUGGUGAGAAAGCUGCUGAUGUACAUCGGCGGCAGCAAUGAGCAAGGUGAAGCCAUGGGUAUAGCUUUUCCCAUCAUCAUCACAGUUUAUCCACGGAACGACGGCGUCCUUUCUCGGCGUUUGGCAGUUGGCAUCCGAAUCCCGUCCAUGUACCAGCAAAACCCCCCAGCACCCACAGACGGAGCCAUCAGCAUCGAGGAUCGACCCGGCAUGACCGUCUACACUCUACAGUUCGGUGGUUUUGCCGGUGAGAGCGAGUUCCGAGCAGAGGCCUCUCGCCUGACUCGAAUGCUGGGAGAGACGGCCCCCUUUCAGCGCAAGCAGUACUUCUGCUGCAGCUACGACCCGCCGCUCAAGCCUUACGGGCGCAGAAAUGAGGUGUGGUUUCUACAGGAGGAGCCAUAGACGUCCUGCGGCUGGUCACACCACAGCACCAGUUCUGUACCGUUCAACUGCAGGUUUUCAACAUCUUCAACCCUCUUUCAUAAGCCCUCCAACACAACAAUCUUUUAACUGGAUUUAACUCUCACAUAGAUCUCUGAAUUUGAAAAGAAAUAUUAAUAUUAAAGCUCCCACCUUUGUCGACGUUGUCAUCUCAAAUCUUGGAGUUGUGUUUAUGACUUCAGUGAAAUAAUCUGUUGUAAAUUUGAACUUCUUCUUUGUUAAGGAAGUGCAAACAAACAGGAAUUGAGCCAUAACUCUAGAGAAGUUGUGAGUGAGCAGCUGUGGAUAGUUCUUUAAUAUUGUUGUAGUCUUUGUGUUUUUCAAUUUUAAAUAUUAAAGUGAAUAAAUAUGUGCACAAAUGCUGACCUUCCUCUUUAGAUUUAUAUAAAUAAGAUAUUCAUGGCUUAUGGAACAAGAAGAAUUAAAUUAAAUAAUAAUUAGGAUGAUAACAUUUUGCCUAUACACAUAUAUAUUGAUUAUCAAUAAAUAUAUUGUAUUUUUCUUCCUAUAUUGUAUUUUUUCCAAACUGAUCAUUUAUGAAGGACUGAUUGACUAAUGUUUUCAGUGAGUGUAUUUCGUUUAUCGAUUGUUGCUUUUAUAUGUUUGAAAAAAAAUAAAAUGAUGCUGAUGAUGCUGUUUUUAUUAUGACAAAGUUCUAUGUUAAAAUGUGGUUUUGUUUGGAAAUAUUUCAUCACUUUCUUCAUUUUGUUGGUAUGUGAUGAGUUUGAGAUGCAUUUCUUGUCUGUUUAGUGACUUUAGAGGAUCUAUAAACUGCAAAAACGUGAAUUUUUCUCAUUCAAGAGUAACAGCAUGUGGUUCGUUAGCGGAGUCUCUUUAAUUUUCCUUUUUUUGUGGCAGUUUGACACUUCUACAGCCAUAUUGAUCAAAACGGCACAAUUUUCUCCACAAUGAGUGAAAUAAAUGUCCAAAAAAAUUCAUAAUAAAACAUUUUUGGAAGGAUA